GCAAGAUGGCCGGCCGGACGGUAGCGGCUCUUUACUACCUCGCGUUUAUCUUCCAUUUGGUUCUACUGACGGAGUGCAAUUACGGCGUGAGAUACGGUGACAGGGCGAGGCGGUUGCACGUCGCGGAGGACCGCGACUCGUCCUACAGGAGGCCGCUCAUCAUCGACAGGCGGUCCCUGGAUCCGGACGAGGACGGGCACGAAACGUCAUUCGACGGGCGUACGCGAAGGGACGUAUCGCCCGAGCACCCAAACAACAAUCCAAACAUCACGACCAAGGUCAAUGCUUUAAAUGAUUCGCAUCAGCAAUUGAUGGUACAUUGGGUCGGGGAAGGUUCCAAUGUAAUAAUAUGUUUAGCAAGGGAUAGCACACCCGUGGUGCGUUUUCAAGGUGGCAGAUUCUCCUCCCCGACCAAUCCUAGUGCUGUUUACAUCAGCUACGAUUAUGGCGAUACGUUUGAGAAUAAGACUGAACAGUUCAGGAUUUCGUCCGAGCCCAAUGCAGCAUACGCUGUCGUGGAUAAAUUCACUAAUCAUCCAAAGUACUACCAAUACUGUGUUUUUGUGGACAGUCAACAUAGUUUAAUCUUCAUAACGUUUAACAACGGCAAAACUAUUCGAAGAAUUUCAGUGCCAUUUCAUCCGACCGAGGUCUCGUUUUAUGAAUUAGAUCCACGAGUACUCAUCGCACUGGAUAAAGUCGAUUCGAUGCGGAAGUUAUGGAUGUCAACCGAUCGUGGGCUAGCUUGGGUACCGAUACAACACUUUGUGAAGGCCUUUUACUGGUCACCUUCUCGUGUUUUAUUGGUGGAACGCACAGAGCCUACUGAAAUGAAUACGGUUUGGAAACUAGAUAUUCAAUAUUUACUUUGGCAUCAAAGUCGACAUCCUUUGGGUUUGCGAGUAAGACCGGCUUUACGAAGAGAAUUUGUUGUUGUCACCGAAAACGUUGAGGAUUUCCAAAUCAAAGGCGAUUACAUGUUCACUGUCAAAAAUUCAAAGAAUAGAACGUCGGAGCACCUGGAUCUCCAUGUGUCUUACAAAAAUCAAUCGUUUGUCGUGGCGCAAUUUAACACUGAAUUGGAUUGCAAUGAUUACCAUAUUGUAGAUGUAUCGUACAAUCGAGUUUUCAUCGCGGUGUCGCACAGCGAGACUAUGGUCAAUCUUUAUGUGUCGGAGGUCAUAGAUCAUGAAAAGGCUAUAUUUACAUUAUCUUUGGAGGGUAUUUUCACAUUUUUCCUCAACAGUACUUGGAAGGACAGCUGGUUGAACGAUGUAGCUGACGAGACAUUCACAGACAUGUAUAAAGUCGAAGGUCUUCGAGGUAUAUACAUAGCGUCACGAGUGAAAGGUACUCCGAAAUCAGGCUCGAUUGGACCGGAACACUUAGAAUCGGUCAUCACUUUUGAUCACGGUGGUAGUUGGAAUAGCAUUAAAGCGCCGACAACGAAUAACGAAGGCUACUACAUCCAUUGUCCGCAGGAUUGCUCGUUACACUUGAGUCAAAGAUUCAGUCAGUUGUAUCCGGUAACGAGGUCUGUCUCGAUUAUGAGCUCGAAAUCAGCGCCCGGAAUAAUAAUGGCCACUGGCGUGAUUGGAUCCAGUUUAAAAGGCCAUCCUGCGCUCUAUGUUUCGCGAGAUGCGGGUCUCACGUGGAAACAAGUGCUGAGGGAAUAUUACUUUUUCAAUAUGGGCGAUCACGGAGGUCUAUUAGUAGCAGUAAAGUAUUUCAAGUCGCGCGGAGAGACCAGAGAUAUCUCGUAUUCGUUGGACGAAGGCGAAACGUGGCAAACUUAUGAGUUCAAUGAAAAAAUGUUACGCGUUUACGGUCUCAUGACGGAACCCGGGGAGAACACUACAGUAUUUACCAUGUUCGGAUCGGAUAGUGGACAACAUCAGUGGCUCAUAAUCAAGGUUGAUCUGCGAAAUGUAUUUAACAGGGAGUGUACGGAGGACGAUUACAAAUUCUGGUCGCCGUCAAGUACCGAUCAACCAGUUAUGGCCUGUGUAUUAGGACGUAAAGAAACGUAUCAGAGACGCGCGAUACGUGCUAAUUGCUAUCAGGGCGUGAAUUACGAUCGACCAGUACGAUUGGAGGUCUGUCAGUGCGACGCAAACGAUUAUCAAUGCGAUUACGGUUUCACGCGUCACGGAAAUCCGUAUCAUUGUAUCCGCAAUAAUUUAAAGAAGGAUUACGAUCCUUAUGCCGUGCCAAGUACAUGUCAACCUGGCGAGUUUUAUAAUCGUACAAAAGGCUACAUAAAGAUAUCUGAUGACGAAUGUUCCGGCGGUCUUGCGAGAAACUUUGAGCCUGACGAGAUACCAUGUCCCAUGAACGAAACACCAGAAUUUCUGUUGGUUGCUCAACGGGAGCACAUAACGCGAAUAGAUCUGGUGGAAAAUAAAAUGGAAACGUUACCCGUACACGAUUUGAAAAAUGUGAUUGCUAUCGAAUUUGAUAUGAAGAACAAUUGUUUGUACUGGGCGGAUAUUGUAAAUGAUACAAUUGGCAGGCAAUGUCUGACAGGUGUUAGCUAUCCUGAAAUUCUUGUCGAAAGUAAUUUAAGUUCUAUCGAGGGAAUGGCCUUCGAUUGGGUGUCCAAUGUGCUCUAUUUCGUGGAUGGUGUUAAAAUGAGGAUACAGAUAGUUCGAACAGACAUAUCCACCAUGGGCAGAAUGCGCAGAACGAUAUUAGGCCCGAACGUAUUGCAGAAACCGAGAGGUAUCGCGGUUCAUCCCAUGAAUGGAUAUAUAUUCUGGACCGACUGGUCGCCAGGCAAUGCUUCUGUCUCUCGCGCAAAUAUGGAUGGCACGGACGUCAAGCGAUUGUUCGUCAAACCUACAGUUGAAUGGCCGAAUGGAAUAACGAUUGAUCACAUUGCUGAACGUAUUUACUGGGUAGAUGCCCGUGCGGAUUAUAUCGCUUCUUCGGACUUUGAGGGUAAGAGAUUUAAAAAGAUUAUCGCCAACGAUGCGCGCGUGUCGCAUCCAUUUGCAGUCGCCGUUUUGAAGGACAACAUGUACUGGGAUGAUUGGAAACAAUCGAUGAUCUUUGUCGCCAACAAAGAUCACGGCGUUGGAAUCAACACAAUAGUUGGCUUCCAAAUUGUGGGCCUGAUGGAUCUGAAGAUCUUUGCGCAUAGCGUGCAAGUCGGCAACAACACAUGCGUGACAAACAACACGUGCACGCAUAUCUGCCUGGGUGCACCGGGCAACAAUCAUGUGUGCCUUUGUCCGGAUGGCAUGGUAAUGACAGACGGAAAAUGUCUCUGUCCAGGUGGCAUCAAACCCUAUGAUAAUUCGACUUGCCCACGCGUUGCCAGUACCUGCUCGUCGAAUCAGUUUGCUUGUAACAAUAGUGUGUGCAUCCCCGAAUUUUGGAAGUGCGAUGGUGACAACGAUUGCGGCGACAACUCGGACGAGACCAACUGUAAUCGCGCCACAUGUAGCCCUACUAAUUUUGAGUGCGACGGUAACAAGUGUAUACCAAAAUACUGGGUAUGCGACAUGGAUCGCGACUGCAAGGACGGUAAGGAUGAACAAAAUUGCACGUACGCCAAUUGCACCGAUCAAUUACGUUUCAAGUGCGACAGCGGUCGCUGCAUCUCGCAUCGAUGGCGUUGCGACGGUGAAGACGACUGCCGGGAUGGCUCGGACGAACGUAAUUGCACCAGAAGCGUUUUACCGAAUACGUGUCGAUCCGAUGAGUUCGCUUGCAAGAAAGACCACUCGUGCAUACCGACUUCUUGGAAGUGCGAUGGCGAACCAGACUGCGAGGACAGCGAGGACGAAAGGGAUUGUAAUAGUCUGGUAUGCGAAUCGUGGCAGUUUACAUGUAACAACACCAACACCAAUCAAGGACAUCGAUGCAUAUACCAGUCAUGGGCAUGCGAUGGCGACAAGGAUUGCCUAGACGGUUCCGACGAAUUCAACUGUACCAUCACUACCGUGUCGCCAGCGCUUCCACCAUUCAUCCUGCCGACGAAUUCCUGCAACGAUUGGAUGUUCUUGUGUCAGAACAAGAAGUGCGUACCGUAUUGGUGGAAAUGUGAUAGCGUGGACGACUGCGGUGACAAUUCUGACGAGAUUGGCUGCCACAGCGAAGCGGACGGUACGUCAGACUCUACAUUGGCGCCAAUUUAUACGACCGAGGAGUCGCGCAUCUGCCGCGAGCAUCAGUUCCAGUGCUACAAUGGCGAUUGCAUCGAGAACGCAUGGGUGUGCGAUGGCUCCAACGAUUGUCCAUCCGGUGAAGACGAGCAGCACUGCGAACAUACGCACGCAUCGUGCCGCGAUAACGAUCAGUUUAUGUGCCGUCAGGACGGCUCAUGUGUUCCUCUAUCCUACAUCUGCAACGGCAUCACAGAAUGCCCGGACGGCAGUGACGAGCUCGGCUGUCAACCGCAUGACACAAGUCCACCCGCCACCCCAUCCUGCUUCGUCGGUCUCUUCCCAUGUGACGAAACGCGCUGCUUCCCGUUAGCAUCCUACUGUGAUGGUCAUCAGGAUUGUUUCGAUGGCUUUGACGAAAGUAACUGCGAGAAGAACGGCUCACGCGUAUAUCAGGUCCUGGUGAUGGGUGUGGAUGAGCGUGCCAUUAACGAUAGCAGCCUCUUGCUCUUCUGGUGGAUGCCGAUUCCAUCGAACGUUACAUUCGAGUUCCUGCCAUCGAUCGCGCGGGCAAGCCCAGGAGCCAAGUGGACCAAUGCCAGUGAGUGGAUCGAAGAGACCGAGUACCAAUUCAACGAUCUGGACCCAUACACCAAGUAUAAUUUGACUGUCUACGUCAAAGUGAAGGGUCAAAGCACUGUAUUUCCACCAGCAAAGCAUCUAAUCAUAACAACUGGCGAAGGUGUGCCAUCUGAGCCGUGGAACGUGACAGUUACGCAGAAGAACGGCACUCGCGUGGAAGUCUCCUGGCGACAACCCGUACAUCCGAAUGGUCUUAUCAUGGGCUAUCAAGGUUACAUCACGCCGCCUAUACCGCCCAUGGAGUUCGCGCGGCCAAAAACCUCCGCGAUCAUCGACAUGGCGUUUGAGGCAGGCAAGAAUUAUUCUUUCUGGAUCGUGGCAAAGAACCGACAGUACCAGUCAGUUUCGUCAAAGGUUGCCACGUUGACGUUCGACGGAUCGGCCAACAUCGAUGACAUUGAAGAUCUUCGCGUGGUGUCGACGACGAAUCACUCUGUCACGUUGACGUGGAAGAAAAUGAAAGAUGUGGAUGGAUAUCAUGUUACUCCCAGAGCACCGCCGUCUUAUCCAACGCUACAAACUAUUACGACUAUGGAGAAUCAAUUGGAAGUGACAAAAUUAUCACCGGGAAUCAAGUAUACUUUUGAAGUCGGUGCAGUGAAAAAGAAAUAUGUUGGCAAAGUUGCCACAGUGACGGCUUCGACGAACGGUACUGCACUGCCAUUAAUAACAAAGUUUGACGCGCAAUUGGUAAAGUCUCAGAGGACGACUGUGAAACUUACCUGGGACCCGCCUAAGAGCACCAAGAAAAUCAAAUUCCAGUAUGCUAUUCAUUACGCCACCAAUAUAUUUGAUUUCUUUAAAGCUUACAAGUUAAAAACUACUAAUCUUACGGCCACGAUCAAAGAUUUGGAGGCGUGUGAAUCAUACUUCUUUGCCGUUGGUGUUAUUGGAGAUUACGGAGCGGGACCUUUAUGUCAACCGAUCACGGUUCCGACGUACUUCAACAAACGCGCACCUCCGAAAAGAUUGCGAGUAAUGCCAUCGCCGGAUAAAAAUGACAGUAUAAUCGUUUCAUGGAGUGCGAGUUGUCCCACAAUUGACGAACCAAUCAGUUACACAAUUUUUGUUACGGAAACUAUCCUCAACAAACAGACGGUUGUGACAUUAUCAUCGACUAAUGAAACUAUCAUGAAACAUACUUUCCACUCUAUUAAAUAUGGUGGAAAAUAUAAUAUUACAGUAGCGACUGAUGAGGAAAAUGCUAUAGCCACUCAACCAUUUAUUUAUAUGGCACCACCGAUCAAACCGCCCCAUCAAGUCACUGUUUUGCACGAUAAUAAAGAUUAUCUAAUAUAUUGGCAAGAGCCGGAUAUGCCGAAGGAUGUUGAGCGGCAUAUCGAGAUUUUGGUAGCCGAGGGCUCGAGAGAGAUAAAUGAGACGACGGCUAACGUCAUUCUUACUAAAGAUCCAUCGCCUUAUCGCUACAAGGACGCUAAAACAGAUGGAACGAUUUAUACCUUUGCCGCACGUUUGGUUACGGAAGACGGAUAUCGAAGUCCAUUGAGUGAAACGUGGAGUACGCAAUUUUCAGGUUCGCAACUCCCCGUGAUAAUGAACACGUCGAACAUAUUGUCUCUCGCUAUAUCGAUCUGCUUAGUCGUCUUAGCGUUGGGUGCAGCGCUAGCAUAUUUCAUCAUUCGGCAUAGAAGAUUAUCUAACAGCUUUACACAAUUUGCCAAUAGUCAUUAUGACACGAGGCGGGGACAAGCUACCUUCCCAGGCACGACAGACGGUUUAGAAGAAGAAGACAGUCCUGUGAUCCGAGGCUUUUCAGAUGACGAACCUUUGGUAAUCGCAUGAACGCCAUAUAUAUAAACAGAAUAUUUACAUGUUAAAAAAGAAAAGAUGUGCCAAGACACUAUUAAUAUGAUAAUUUUGAAUAUAUAGAUCAAAUUUUAUGAUGAAUGGAGAAAGAGAAAAGCUUUUAUAAAAACGUUUUGAAACUAGAUGAAUGUUAAUUGUAAUACUAUUUGCCAUUAUAAUUAACAAUUAAUAGUGAAGUUGCGCUUACAACGUUUACAUAAGAGCUUUUCGUGCCAUUUAUACGAUACGUUGUAGAAAUACGGUAUACAUGUACAUCACAAAUCAUCAAGAUGAUCAUCUGCCGUGUAAUUGGAGAGAGACCGUUGCAUCUUAAAUUUGAAUGUAAACAAAUCGAGACAGCUACAGUUUGAAACUGAAUUUUAUCGUCUAACAACGGAAGUAGAUGUUAGUUGAAGAAACGGCAAUUUGUAUAUACUAAAUAUUUUUUAUGGGUCACGAGAUUGUGAGAUUUUCGAUAUGUCACACAUUUAGCGAGAUGGAUUUCUAAUGCUAUAUUUCUAUGACUUGUGUGAAGAAACAUUUUUUUUUUAAUCUGUUGAUUUAUUGAGAUGAAAGUAAACUUUCGAUAUUCUGCAUAAAAUCUUGAAAAUUAUUAUAAUAAACAAACAAAUCUACACAUAGAUGCUAUAAGUUCUUUCCAUAGGAAGUGCACGACCAAAGUAAUGCUUUCUUUUAUGCCGCAUUUGAAGGAUGUAUUAGUUUCAUUUAUUAUCGAGUACAUUUCUAUAACAUUUCGUUUGAUAAAGAGUCUUUUCUUGAGCAAACAUUUGUAAUCGUUGCAAUUACUAUCGAGCCUAUGAUGCGGCAUUGAAAGAAGUUUCUAUAAGCGAGUUUCAAUCUCGUAAAAAAGGUGACCUGACCCUCAUACAGAGGCAUGUUGCAAUUAAAUAUGCAAGGGAAUAUUUCGAUUAUUGUGUAUAAUUCGAAUAUUCCAAUAAUUAUAUAUAAUUUUGUAAUAAAAAUGAACUGAUCGUUGAUAAAUUAGGAACGCUAUUUAAACAUAAUGUUAAGAAUUUUGUUUAGCCUAAAUUUAUGAAAAAAUUAUUAGAUAUUAUAUGUUUUGUGGGAAUAAAAUAGAUUACAUUUUUUUAAUUUUUUUAUAUUUUAAAAAUGACAUACCAUUUUGCUAAGAUUGAGUUAAGAAAAAUUCAUGCAAAGACAUCAACUGAAUGAUACUUGAAAAUGCGAAUGAAAUGGUAAUGAUGCCGCGUCAUGAUUCUUAGAUUACGCAAUUUGAAAAGAGAAAAAAGCAAAAA